AUGGUGCCUGAAGGCAGUGUUACUGGAUUGGUCCAAGGGCUGCUUGGUAAAGCAAAGCUGUUGAUGGAUAGUUUAAUUAGUGUAGGAGCUGUUGGCGGCUUUUCUUGCUUGGUUGGAGGUUUCAGGAAGAGUGACGAAAAUGACUAUUUGCCUAGCUGCGGUGGCUAG